AUGGCAUCCAACACAGAUGGCGUCGGCGCAGCAGGGGCGCACAAGAAUCUGGCUGAGACACCAACCGUCCCCAGCAGCAAGGCCGAGGAGAAGAAGCCCGUUACUGUAGAGGCUGUGGUUGAUGAUGGUGACAUUCCUGACCCCGACGAGGACGACCUCGACGACCUUGAUGGCGAGUUUUCCUAUGCGCCAAUGCCUAUCUCCGCUGCGGCGGCCGCUUCGACAACAGCCGCUGGUCCUUCCUCUCAGCAAGCUCCUGGCGCAGGCGCUGAGGAGCCCGUGCUGUCAGAGGAGGAGUUUGCGCGCCAGCUCCAGGCCGGUAUGGCCGAACUCCUGGGAGAGCUCGAGAGAUCUGUAUGGAGAACCAAUUCCGCACCCACGCAGGCAUUGGAUCUGACCCAGCCACAGCCCGAAGUUCAGGCCCAAUUCGAGAGUAUAUUUCGAGAACUUGGCGCCGCGGCGUCUGCCAGUGCCGAAGAAAUCGCCAAGAAUCCUCCUCCGGGUGCCGCUCCUGUGGCCGGCAGUAGCGGCAGCCGCCCCUCAACAUCAUCUGGCCCCUCCCCGGCUGAUGCAGCUUCAUUCCAGGAGACAAUUCGGAAAACGAUCGAGCGCAUGCAGCAGUCAGGCGAGCAGGCUACGGCAGCAGCUGCUGCUGAGGGUGCCGACGACUUCCUGACAGAGCUGCUGAAGCAGAUGCAGAGCGGGGCGCUUGACGGAGAGGGCGGCGAGGAGGAGUUUUCCAAGAUGCUGCUGGGCAUGAUGGAGCAGCUAACCAACAAAGAGAUUCUGUAUGAACCAAUGAAGGAGCUGCACGAGAAAUUCCCUGAGUGGAUCGAGAAGAACCGUGGCAAGGUGUCAGCCGAGGAUUUGCAGCGGUAUGAAGAGCAGCAGACAUAUGUGCGCGAGAUUGUGGCCAAGUUCGAAGAGCCGACCUACUCCGAUGAGAAUAAGGCCGAUCGCGAGUAUAUCAUUGAUCGCAUGCAGAAAAUGCAAGCCACAGGUCAGCCGCCCGCGGACCUGGUCGGUGAGAUGCCAUCGACCCAGGAUAUCCUCAACAUGCCGGACGAGUCAUGCAACCCUCAAUGA